AAAUAAAAUUGUGGAGUAUUUGUAUAUCUAACUGUAAAAAUAACUAUUUAGCCUAAAAGUUCGCCCUACCAAUGUUUGAACAGUAAAAGGCACUAUUACAGAAGCAAGGCCCAUAUGUCUCAUUCCAUUUCAAAUAAAACUGCUACAACAUGCCUCUAACAAUCAACACUUCCUUCCAAACUUUUAAAUUUCGACGCACCAACUACCCAAUCACAUUCUCUGAAUGCCCCAAACUACCCUCUAAAACAACCAACCAUUCUAUAUUCCAUUUUCUACACCUUUCCCAUUCUGCAAAGCCUCAACCUCCAAAAUCUAAAAACAGAGGAAAGCUCAUAGAUUUACUCUGAUUUAAUUUUUGUUCAUGGAGGAUCAGCCAUCAUCAUCAUCAUCAAAAUCAAAAACAGCUGCUUUGGAUCAACCCCUUCACUUAAUGGGAUUUGAAAUUGAAGAAUUAUCACCACAGAAAAUCUCUGGCCGUCUCCCUGUAACCCAGAAGUGCUGCCAGCCAUUCAAGGUGCUUCAUGGAGGGGUUUCGGCGUUGAUAGCAGAGUCAUUGGCAAGCAUGGGAGCACACAUGGCUUCAGGGUAUAAAAGAGUUGCUGGAAUUCAACUCAGCAUCAACCAUUUGAAACGAGCUGAAAUGGGUGACUUGGUCCACGCAGAAGCUAAACCUUUAAAUCUUGGCAAAACAAUUCAGGUGUGGGAGGUGCUACUAUGGAAGAUUGAUCCUUCAGACUCACAAAGAAGAUCCUUGGUCUCAUCUUCUAGAGUAACCCUACUAACCAAUAUGCCUGUCCCAGUUAAUGCAAAAGAUGCUGCUGAUCCAUUAAAGAAGUUUGCAAAACUCUAAACAUAUGCAUGACAUUAUUUAUCAGUGAAAUUCAAAAUCUGCUUGAAUA